GACCACGCCCCAUUUCCUGUUGCUAUUGUAUUUCACUUCCAUGUUUUUCUCCUUUAACAUUGACGCUCAUGUAAAGUGUGACAGUCGCGUCGCCUCCCACCGACUUAUAAAGUUACUUUGACCGCCUCCCCCCCCACCCUCCUCUCCCUCCCCCGGGUCCGGUCCUCGUCGCCACAGCCGGCAGAGGCGUCUCAGCGCUGCGGGGGAACCAUGGCCCACUGCGCGGCUUUCCAGAGCAAGUUAACCUCGGUCAUGGAGCAGCUAGCUCAGGCGGCCGUGCUGGAGAUCAGCCGCCUGUGGGAGGACGGCUUCGCCCUCGUCCAGGUCGAGCUGCGCCGGAGACAGAGCGAAAUCGAAGCCCUGAACAAAAAGUUGAUGCUGAUGGAAAACGAGCGACUGGCUGUGUUGACUCAGACCACAAAUAUGACCUCCUCCUCCUCCUCCUCCUCUUCGUUCUCCUCCUCCUCAGCAUCCUCCUCCUCCUCCUCAUCAACACCUUCUUCUUCUUCCAGGAGAGAGCAGCACAACAAACUGCUGCUGCCCACAGGUGAAGGCCCUAUUGCAGACUCAGUCCAGGCCUUGUGUCCGGAUCCGGUUGUCAGAGAGAAGGCUGAUACCUCAGCUCAUCACACGCCACCACCACCUCCAGCCGCUCAGACAGAGGAGAUGCAGUGUGAGCAGCACAGGCCUUACCUCUGUCAAACGGACGACAUGGACGACGAGGACUUGAUCGUCAAGCUGGAGGAUGAGGACGAUGUCCAGAUUGUGGAACAGAUAGUGGACUCUGAUCACAGCGUUAGCGACGGAGCCAGUCACCACGAGAGGGAUCCUAACCCCCAACCCGCCGAGGUCCUGGAAGAGCCAGAGAGCCAGCCGUGGACGUCUGUGACAGUGGCCGACAGCGACUCUGCCGAGGACUCGGACUGCCUCUUUGAACCGAAGCAGCUCUCGCAAAAUCUGGACUCGGAAAUCCUACUCAUUCAAAAUGCCUUGGACAUCUUUGAUAACUCCGCAGAGACGGCGUAUUCGGACAGGUUCAUGAGGGAUGAUGGACAAGGUGCAUCGAGCAAAUCGAGGGCUCCUCUGACUUUUAGCCAACCUCAGCUCAGUCAACCUCGAGAAGCAAUAAAUCUCCCGGAAAGAGGAGUGUCCAUCAGAUUCCUCUCAGAGAAACAACAACAAACGAAAAACGUGUCGACUUUUAACUCCGACAGCCGGUUGUUCCUCUUAAAUGACCCAGAGUUCCAUAAAACUAUGGCGAGUCGCCGCAUUAAGGAGAAAUGGUUCAUCUGCCCGUUCUGCGGCAAGAGCUUCGACCGUAUCAGCCACCUGGAGAUUCACCAGCGGAUUCACACGGGGGAGAAACCGUACACGUGUGAUAUAUGUGGCAAGUGUUUUUCUCAGAGGAGUAACCUCCGCACUCAUCAGCGGACUCACAAAGAAACUUUAUCCCAAAACGCAAUUUGAUUUGAUGUAUUUUGAAGAAAAAAAAAGAGAAAAAUCAAGAAUGAUCUUUGUGGCAUUUCUGUCUAGAUGAAUUAACAAAUUAUCUUUAUAUUUUGAUAUUACUGAAAGGUAAUGUAGCUGACUGAUAUGACUGUGCACUCACUUAAAAAAAAAAGUUGUAACCUAGCUUUGUUAUUUUUAAACUCAAGUGAGCAAGCAGAUUUAUAAAAACACGCAGGGGUCUCCAGCUGAGCAUUUUGACUUCUUAAAGGUCCAGUGUGUAGGAUUUCAGGGGUUCUAUCUGCAGAUAUAAACUUUAAUAUUUAUAAGGUUUGCCUUAAUAUUAAGCAUCUGAAACUAUUGCUGUGUUUUGGGUAUCUUAGGAUUGUGUAUAUAUAUACAUAUAUAAGGAGUGGGUGUGCCGUGUUGCUCUGCCGUCUUUCCAUCAAUCUCUGGCUAUUGAGGGGACCUUUAUUUUUCUUGAAGGCCACCUUACAAGCCGGGGAAGGGAGCGUGAGACAAAGGGUGUUGAACUGGUUGCAGUCUGAAUCAUUAGAUGCCACUAAAUCCUACACACAGACCAUUUUAAGGUUAUAGUAAAUGACACAAUUUGUUAUUUAAUACCUGGCCGAUUGAAAUGAGUCACUGUGGCUCAGAAUACUGUUCUCGACAACUAAUUUACCUUUCGAUUGAAUGUAUAUUUAAAUUUCGACUCGUCUAAAAGCAAGAAAACAACCAGAAAACAUUCAAAAUUGAGCCGUAUGUCAUGAGAUCACAGCAUCUGUGGGAAAAAAUGAUGUCGUACUCCAUUUUGAGUGGCUAACGUUAGCAGCACCAGCCGCCUUCUGUCCAUUUAACAGAGUUGUACUCUGUUGUCGUCUAUUAUUUCUGGUGCUGACUAGCAGAGGUAGCCUGGUUUCAUCACGAAGUCGACUUAUCGAGCAUCACAUACUCUGAUGUCUCUGUCAUUAUAGUUUUCUCAUUCACUUUCAAUUGCCUGGUUCACUUGGGAAAUACAUCCGUUUGCUUUUUUAAACCACUUCAUUCUACUUUAAUGUCUGUACGGUAAAUAUGAAGCUUGAGUCGGCAGCUCUUAGUUUAGCAUCAAUCUACCAACACCUCUAAAGCCCACUACCCUUAUUUUCACCGUACAGACACAGGUUGUACUGAAAGCGUUAAUUUGCUUUCUUGCCAAGGGUUAAGAAACUACAGAGGUUUCUUAACCUUCUCGCCACUCUGUGAGAAUCCACUUUUUUCUACUUGUAUCCAGUUAUUUCAGUUCUUACGGAGCCGAUGAGGUUCGAGGGAAACACUACAAUCUAAUACAGCCGCUGCGAUGCCCUUUAUCCUCCAACACAAGGUGAAAUAAGCUUAAUUGUCCCAGGUUUUACUAAAUAAUCAUGACUUCGUUUUUAAAAUUGCAUAUGCUGUACUUUUAUGAAUAAACAUUUCAACAUUUA